AUGUGGAUCCAGGUGCGCACCAUGGACGGGAAGGAGACCCACACCGUGGAUUCACUGUCCAGGUUGACCAAGGUAGAACAGCUGAGGCGGAAGAUCCAGGAGCUGUUCCACGUGGACCCAGGCCUGCAGAGGCUGUUCUACAGGGGCAAGCAGAUGGAGGACGGCCACACGCUCUUCGAUUAUGAUGUCCGCCUGAAUGACACCAUUCAGCUCCUGGUCCGCCAGAGCCUCGCACUCCCCGCCAGCCUCAAGGAGAGGGACUCGGAGCUUUCGGACACAGAUUCCGGCUGUUGCUUGGGCCAGAGUGAGUCGGACAAGUCUUCCACCCACGGUGAGGCAGCUGCUGAGACAGACAGCAAGGCAGGCGAGGAUACAUGGGAUGCGACGGAGCUGGGCCUGUAUAAGAUCAACGAGUAUGUGGAUGCUCGGGACACGAACAUGGGGGCGUGGUUCGAAGCGCAGGUGGUCAGGGUGACAAAGAAGGGACCGUCCCAGGAUGAGCCCUGCAGCUCCACUGCCAGCCCAGCUCUGGAAGAAGACGUCAUUUAUCACGUGAAAUAUGACGACUACCCGGAGAACGGGGUGGUCCAGAUGAGCUCCAGGGAUGUCCGAGCUCGUGCCCGCACCAUCAUCAAGUGGCAGGAGCUGGAGGUGGGCCAGGUGGUCAUGCUCAACUACAACCCCGACAACCCCAAGGAGCGGGGCUUCUGGUAUGACGCGGAGAUCUCAAGGAAGCGGGAGACCAGGACGGUGCGUGAGCUGUACGCCAACGUCAUGCUUGGGGAUGAUUCUCUCAAUGACUGCCGGAUCGUUUUCGUGGACGAAGUCUUCAAGAUCGAGCGCCCAGGCGAAGGGAGCCCCAUGGUGGAAAACCCAACGAGACGGAAGAGCGGGCCCUCCUGCAAGCACUGCAAAGACGACGUGAACAAACUCUGUCGGGUCUGCGCCUGCCACCUGUGCGGGGGCCGGCAGGAUCCCGACAAGCAGCUCAUGUGCGAUGAGUGUGACAUGGCCUUCCACAUAUACUGCCUCUGCCCGCCCCUCAGCAGCGUGCCAAGCGAGGCUGAGUGGUACUGCCCCGAGUGUCGGAAUGACACCAGCGAGGUGGUGCUGGCAGGAGAGAAGCUAAAAGAGAGUAAGAAGAAGGCUAAGAUGGCAUCCGCCACGUCAUCCUCACGGCGGGACUGGGGCAAGGGCAUGGCGUGCGUGGGGCGCACGAAGGAGUGCACCAUCGUCCCAUCCAAUCACUACGGACCCAUCCCGGGCAUCCCCGUGGGCACCAUGUGGCGGUUCAGAGUUCAGGUCAGCGAGUCAGGUGUUCACCGGCCUCACGUGGCGGGCAUCCACGGCCGGAGCAACGACGGGGCCUACUCCCUGGUCCUGGCCGGGGGCUAUGAGGACGAUGUGGACCAUGGGAAUUUUUUCACAUACACAGGUAGUGGUGGUCGAGAUCUCUCUGGCAACAAGCGGACUGCAGAACAGUCUUGUGAUCAGAAACUCACCAACACCAACAGGGCAUUGGCUCUCAACUGCAGUGCCCCCAUCAACGACCAAGAAGGGGCCGAGGCCAAGGACUGGCGGUCGGGGAAGCCGGUCAGGGUGGUGCGCAACGUCAAGGGCGGCAAACACAGCAAAUACGCCCCUGCCGAAGGCAACCGCUACGACGGCAUUUACAAGGUCGUGAAGUACUGGCCCGAGAAGGGGAAGUCCGGCUUUCUCGUGUGGCGCUACCUUCUGCGACGGGACGAUGACGAGCCAGGCCCCUGGACAAGGGAAGGGAAGGACCGGAUCAAGAGACUGGGACUGACCAUGCAGUAUCCAGAAGGCUAUUUGGAAGCCCUGGCCAACCGAGAGAAGGAAAAGGAGAACCACAGGAAAGAGGAGCAGGAGGAGGAGGGCUUCACGUCUCCCAGGAAGGGCAAGGGCAAGUGGAAGCGGAAGUUGGCAGGAGGUGGCCAGAGCAGGGCUGGGUCCCCGCACCGGACCCCCAAGAAAACCAAGGUGGAGCCCUACAGCCUCACGGCCCAGCAGAACAGCCUCAUCAAAGAGGACAAGAGCAACGCCAAGCUGUGGCGCGAGAUCCUGAACUCGCUCAAGGAUGGGCCGGUGAGCGCAGCCGUGUUUCAGAAGUUCCUGAGUAACGUGGAGGAAACAUUCCAGUGUAUCUGCUGCCAAGAGCUGGUGUUCCGGCCCGUCACAACUGUGUGCCAGCACAACGUGUGCAAGGAUUGCUUGGACCGAUCCUUCCGGGCUGAGGUAUUCAGCUGCCCGGCCUGUCGCUACGACCUAGGCCGGAGCUAUGCCAUGCACGUGAACCAGCCGCUGCAGAACGUCCUCAACCAGCUCUUCCCUGGCUACGGCAACGGCCGGUGAUCCCCAAGCACUUCUGAGCAGGCAAUUUUCUUAAAGCGCAUUGGCAGGGUCUUUCUUUGGCCCUUAUAUUGUUUUUAGUAGGCUUAACUUAAACAUGUAGUUUUCCCUCCAUUCCCUAAAAAGGCUUGUCUUCCCUUUUUUUUUUUUUUUUUUUUAAUCUAUACAUUUUCAGGAAUUUAUGUAUUCUGGCUGAAAGUUGGACUUCUCAGUGUUUUAUUUAGUUUUUUAAAAAUAUAAAGCCUGCAGUGUAUCAGCGAAAAGCAUUUUUUUUGAACAUGGAAUUAGCAACUACGUGGCUUGAAGGCUGCUUUUAUGUUCCUCGUGUCAAGUUCUCAGAAAUUCCCGCCACCGACUAAUAAGAAGGCGUCUGGCUGCCUAGGACAAUUUUUCCAAGCUUUGAGGGUUUGGCUCCCAAGGUCAAAGCAAGUGCAUCUUCCAGAAGGCAUUUUUAUGGUAUAAAAUCCAGCACGAUGGUUCCAGCAGUGGUCCUGGACGUGGCGUGGCGUGGCCCAGCCGUCCCUCAAGAAGCUGUUGAGAGAGGAAGAAAUUUCUCUUGGCCUGGUUUAAACUCUCACCUCAAAGCCAUCCCACAUCAGGCUGCUUUGGUGUCCAAGAUCCCCAAUGUGAGCAGAGUUGGGGCCCUACAGAAACUACCUCGGCUGGACUGUCCGUGGGGCCGGGCGUGUGGCCCGACACUGCCCACGGAAGCAAGCACUCAAAGCCAUGUUCAAGUGCCUUUAGUUGUUCCUUUCUUUCUAAAGACGGGGCGGGACUCGUUUUUUAGCACUGAAUUGUUGAAAUUGCCAACCAGAUUCUAAAAACUGUGGUCAUCCAGUUCUUCCUGGUGCUGGGUGGAUGUUUGGGAAUGGUUUGAGUUUUAGCGAUCAUUUAAAUCCAGUUUAUUAACUCAGAUGUUGAGAAUUUGAAGAGGGAAUUUUUUUUUGAACGAACACUUUUUCUAAAUGAAAUUUUUUUUGUAGUUACUGUAUAUGUACCAAGAAAGAUAUAACUUAGGGUUUGGUUGUGUUUUUUGUUUUUUGGGGGGUUUUUUUGUAUUUUUUGGAAUGGUUUAUUAAUUUUUCUAACUUUACCAAAGUUUGCAGCUUAUACCUCAAUAGAACAGGGAUAUUUUACAUCACAACUACAGACAAACUGGAGCAAUAUUGUUUUUAAAGGUUUUUUUUGUACCCUCCUCAUUGUUAGAUUGUUAAUGUAUUAGGGAAGAAACAACAAAAUCCUACGUAGGCUUUUUUUAAAGUUCGAUAUUCUUUGCCCGGAUUUUAGAUUCUCAGAAUAAAUGUUUUUCACAGAUA